GCCUUGACGCAGACGGAGGUGUGGAUGGAGGCGACGCAUCUUGGGAGAGAAACUGACCUCUGCGCGAAGUUGAGCUCUGCCGUUUUAAUGCCGGGGCCGGACGCCGUUGCCUUGAGAGCAUGUUCGGGCUGCCUGAGGCGAAGGGAAGGCUGCGUUUCCGUGAUGGCGACAACAGCACAGCCGCUGCUCCCAUGACAUGACGACGGCCGAGGCGAAAGUUUGAGCAACAACUUGGUCGCGUGUCUGAAACUCUUCAGUUACUAACGUUACAAGAAGAAAAAAAGAGAGAAAGAAAAUUAACAACUGCCGCAGCCAUGGCAAACUUGGCCUCGCUUUCGAUUUGGACAUUUGUUUUUAGCUUCUGCUUCGGAGCGACGGAAUGUCACUUUUCAAUCCCGCUGAAAAUAUUCCCGGGGAAGUUUAACGUCUCGGCCGGGGCGAACCGGUCCUCCGUGCGGGUCCUGGCGCUGCGCUCGGACGGGGACGGCCUGUCUCUGGCCUCGGACCCCAGCGGCACUGUCAACUUUCUGGACAUGGUGAACAACCUGGAAGGGGACUCUGGGAGAGGCUACUACAUAGAGAUGUCCAUCGGCACUCCGGGCCAAAAGCUCAACAUCCUGGUGGACACGGGCAGCAGUAACUUCGCUGUGGCCGCUGCUCCACACCCGCUCAUCACGCGCUACUUCAACACCGACCUCUCCAGUACCUACGAGUCCACGGGCCGCUCGGUGGCCGUCAGGUACACACAGGGCAGUUGGGAAGGCGAGCUGGGAACCGACCUGGUCACCAUCCCCAAGGGCCCGAACGGAUCCAUCGCCAUCAACAUCGCCGGCAUCCUGUCGUCUGACGGCUUCUUCCUGCCCGAGAUCAAGUGGCAAGGCAUCCUGGGGCUGGCCUAUCCAGCGCUGGCACGGCCCGACCCGUCCGUGGACCCGUUCUUCAACUCUGUGGUGAAGCAGCUGGGAAUUCCCGACACGUUUUCUCUGCAAAUGUGCGGGGCUGGACUAUCAGCCAGCAGCACAGUCGACCCUCCUGCUGGCAGUUUUAUAAUGGGUGGGGCUGAGCCAACUCUGUAUCGGGGGUCGAUUUGGUACACCCCUAUCGUAGAGGCCUGGUAUUACCAAGUGGAAGUUUUAAAGCUGGAAGUUGGAGACCAGAAUCUGAAUCUGGAUUGUAGAGAGUAUAACGUGGAUAAAGCCAUAGUUGACAGCGGGACGACGCUGCUGAGACUUCCGAUCAACGUCUUCAAUGCGGUGGUGGAAGCCAUCACACGCAGCUCUCGGAUCCAGGAUUUUUCUUCAGGGUUCUGGGAUGGCACCAAGCUUGCAUGCUGGCCGAAGGGUGAAAACCCCUGGGAUUUUUUCCCCAAGCUCUCAAUCUACCUCAGAGCCACCAACACUAGCCAGUCCUUCCGCAUUACCAUCCUGCCUCAGCUUUACAUCCAGCCAAUCGCAGACCUGGACGGCGAGCUGGACUGCUUCCGAUUCGGCGUGUCCUCGUCGGCUAACGGCUUGGUGAUCGGCGCCACCGUUAUGGAAGGUUUCUAUGUGGUGUUUGACCGCGCCCAGAAGAGACUGGGCUUCGCACUCAGCAGCUGUGCAGUGAGUGAUGGAGCGCCUCUUUCGGAGAUCGGCGGACCCUUCUCGGCGGCGGACGUGGCGGCGGACUGCUCCGGCGGCGUGCUGAAGGAGCCCGUCCUGUGGGUGAUCUCCUACGCCCUGGUGGCGGUCUGUGCCCUGAUCCUCAUCGGCCUGCUGCUGCUGCUCCUCCUGCCCUGCAGGCGCGGCGACGGCGGGGAGAUCACAGACGAGUCCUCGCUGGUGCGACACCGGAUCAAGUGACUGCGGGGAAACGGACGGGCUAGCGCGGCCAAAGGGCUGGGGGACUGCGGACCGAGCCCGUCCACAGCUGCGGAGUAGGAGGUGGGGUCAGUCUGCACUGAUCAGCCCCACUGAAUAUCGGACUGAAUUUAGACUGCUCUCCUCAGCAUGACCCCUGGAGGUAGACGGACAGUUCAGCUACCUCUUAAAGGGAACCCCCCCCCCAAAAAAAAAAAAAAACACCCCCUUGAAAACGUCCUUAACCAGCUGCUAAAGCUGAAUGUAUGCUGACGGUUUUCCUCAGUGGCUUAUUUUUCUUACACCCACUUGUAAUCAUACAAGGUGAACAAUGUCUAGAUAAGAUGAUGAUGAUGCACUGACCAUAGCUUUUAUGAGCCAUAAUGCACUUGUGGUUAUGGCUCGUUUUUUUUUUUUUUUUUUCCCCCUAAUGGGAAGAUGAAUACACUAAGAUGUUUGUUCUCACUUUCUACAUCCCACUUGUGCCAAGGUAUUUGACAAAAUGUAGGAACCAACAUAUGACGCUCGACCAAACUUUAAAAAGAGCCACAAGGUAGCUUGUCUCUUUGCUGCACAUCACCCCAGCUGUGAGUAUUAUUAGACAAUCAAAGGUAAGGAGAUGGGGAGCACUUUUAGACCUCCGGUGUAUUAUUAUUAUUAUUGUUAUUAUUCAAGGGGCAUGUCAUUUUAAGUCUGUUGAUUAUAACAAAUCUUUCUUUUUGCAUUUUAUAACACUUCUUUGAUUUGAUUGUUGGGACGUUAUGCCCAUGUGGGAAAGGAGGUUUGGGGAAUUAAAGCUGCUCAAAUAACUAAUGGUAGUACUAUUGAUGCCUAAAUACUGUAGUGCCUUUGAUCCUUAGCCCUCUGCUCAGACAAAUCAAAUCAGCAGGUUGAGAUUUACUCUCCUGAAUUGCACUUUGUUUCCAAAGUCAAUCAACAGUAUGAUGUAAAGUGACAGAUCAAUAUCAGCUAUGCAUUUUUUUUUUGUAUUGUGAUUAUUUUACUUUCUUUGUAAUUAUUUCCAACCUUGUAGCCUAAUGUCCCAGGCUAUUUCUGUACAGCACCUUUUGUUUUACAAAGCCAUCACUACAUGUGUGGGAUUCGUGAAGUGCAUAAGUUGGAGAAAGACUCAUGCACUCUGGGUAAGACUAUAAAUAAUAAAUUGCAAAUCUGACUUGAUGGCUACUAACUAAAGUCUUUGCAGACUGUGACACAGGAGACAGCUUCUGUUGUAAAGACGGAUAUGAAUGCUACACAAGAUGUCUCUCUGCUAAAGCUGUGGAGAGGAAAACUGUGUGGAAUAAUGUAGAUUUCAUUUUAUGUGAGAUACCAUGAACUAAACACCCAUAGUGUGAACAUGUAAAUCUUUAAUUUGAGGUACACACAACUAUUUGACUGUUCAUUUAUUUAACCAUUAUUUAAUUCAUGUUUUCUGUGCCAAACAUUGGAACUGUGCUGUAAAUAAAAAUUUGGGACAAAUCA